CCACAAAACUCAUCCCGCACGUCUUUUUUAAGCGCUUUCUGAUCAAAGCUCUAAACUUUCGAGUUUAAUCGACGGACCGUCUUCCGCAUCUCUACCAUCGAACAUAAGUGUAUACAGAAUACCAAGAAUGGCUACCUUGUUAUCUGCGCGUAGUUCCAUUCGGCGACUGGGAUAUCCUCUUUAUAAGGCGCCGUUUGCAAACAACGGGAGUCGCGCAGCGUCAGGAUAUGUGAAAUAUAACUAUGAAGAUCCGUUGAACAUGGAAUCUUUACUAACGGAAGAGGAAAUUGCCAUACGUGAUACUGCUCGGGAGUAUUGCCAGGAAAAUCUUGCUCCCCGUGUGCUGGAAGGCUGGCGGACGGAAAAAUUCGAUCAUGACAUUCUCCCUGAAAUGGGCAAACUUGGACUACUUGGACCGACGAUUCAAGGCUAUGGCUGCGCUGGAGCGAGCAAUGUGGCCUAUGGCCUCAUCGCUAGAGAAAUUGAGCGCGUCGAUUCUGGCUACCGGUCGACGGCAUCUGUCCAAUCAUCGCUUGUUAUGCACCCCAUCAACGAGUUUGGUACUGAAGCACAGAAAGAGAGGUAUAUUCCUCGGUUAGCCAAGGGAGAAAUCGUUGGCUGUUUUGGGCUGACUGAACCAAAUCAUGGUUCCGACCCAGCUGGCAUGGAGACAACUGCUGAAGAAACUGAUGGCGGCUUUGUCCUCAAUGGAAGCAAGACUUGGAUAUCAAAUGCACCUGUCGCUGACAUUUUUGUCAUCUGGGCUCGCUGCAAAUGGGAUGGCAAGGUCCGAGGUUUCCUUCUCGAGAAGGGUCUGAAAGGUUUGGAAGCGCCGGCCAUAAAGAAUAAGGUUGCACUUCGGGCGUCGUUAACUGGUUCGAUCUUCAUGGACUCUGUUAGAGUAGGCCAUGAUGCCUUGCUCCCGCACGGACAGGGCCUUAGUGCACCUUUCUCCUGUCUGAAUAGUGCCCGGUACGGCAUUUCAUGGGGUGUAAUGGGGGCUCUCGAGGACUGCAUCCAAAAAACUCUCGCGUAUGCACUUGAACGAAAACAGUUUAAGCGACCGCUGGCAUCUUUCCAGCUCGUCCAAAAGAAACUUGUAGACGCACAAACUGAAGUAGCUCUUGGCUUGCAGGCUAGUCUUCAGGUUGGUAGACUGAAGGACGCAAGCAAGCUGGCACCCGAAAUGAUCAGUAUGGUAAAACGUAAUAAUUGUGGAAAGGCCCUUCAGCACUCCCGAGUCAUUUUGGAUAUUCUCGGAGGGAAUGCAGCUUCAGAUGAGUACCAUGUCGGUAGACAUGUUGCAAAUUUACAAGUUGUGAAUACUUAUGAAGGGACAUAUUCGUUUUUUAACAGAAAUCUUAACGAAAGACUUUGCAUGAUAUCUACUUUAGAUGCAUCGUCAGAUGCGUGUGUCUAA